AAAUUCCAACGGACGGACAGCCACGCACAUCCGCCCCGCAUUUCAUCUUUCCAAUCAAGCGAGAAGCGUCUCCUCCUCCCUUCCACACUCCUCUCCACUCACGAUUCUCUUCCCUUGAUUCCGCUAGCUGAUCAGCGUCUCGCCGGAGUAAUACACAGCAGCAGUAAGAGGCCAUGGAGAUGGUGCGGCGGAACCUGAAGCGGCAGGCGUCGCGCUCGCUUUCCGCCUUCGCUGGCGCCGCAUCCCCGCACGCCGUCGACCAGGAGAACCUCCACCCCAACCUCGCCUCCACGCCGCCGGCGUCGCCCGCCAAGGGCACCUCCUCGCCGCGCCCCAAGCACCCAGCGGCUGCGGCUGCGGCUGCGGCUCAACCGGCGGCCACCGCCGAGGAGGAUCACUCCACAGCCCCUACGACCGCGCCAGCGGACGACGAGCGCUUCGUCAAGGUGGUGGUGAGGGUGCGGCCGACGGUGAGCCGGCCGGUGAACGGCAAGGAUCUGUGGUUCGUCCGCAAGACCGCCCCAGACUCAGUCGCUGUCGGCGACCGGUCCUUCCCAGUGGAUGGCGUCCUCGACGACAGGGCCUCUCAGGCCGAUGCGUUUGAUCUGGUGGGAUUGCCCAUGAUCGAGAAUGCUAUGGCCGGAUUCAACACCUCCCUCGUCUGCUAUGGCCAGAGUGGCACCGGGAAGACAUACACCAUGUGGGGCCCUCUCGGCGCCAUGGUUGACAGUGGCUCUGACCAUGCUGACCGCGGCGUUGUUCCUCGGGUUUUCCAGAACCUGUUCUCUCGGAUCCAAAGAAUGGGAGAGAGUUCUCCUGAGAAGCAGACGAGCUACCAGUGCCGUUGCUCGUUCCUCGAGGUACAUAACGAGCAGAUCAAUGAUCUGUUGGAACCAUCUCAGCGUGACCUACAGAUAAGAGAGAACGCUAGCAAUGGUAUCCAUGUUGAGAACUUGACUGAUGAAUACGUGUCAACAGCAGAUGAUAUCAGUCAGAUCUUGAUGAAGGGACUGUCAAACAGAAAAGUUGGUACCACCAGUAUGAACUUAAAAAGUUCCCGCUCUCAUGUGAUAUUCACCUGCGUUAUUGAAGCAUGGAGCAAGGGUUCAUCAAAUGGGUUUAGCAGCUCAAGAACUAGCAGAAUCACCUUUGUUGACCUCGCUGGUCCUGACACUGAUGAACUUGGUGCAGCAAAGCAUUCCACAAAGGAAGAAAGACAUCUUAAGAAGUCUCUUUCAAGGCUUGGGAAACUAGUUAACGUUCUUUCAGAAACUCCAGAGUCACAUAAAGUUGAUUUACCAUAUGAGCAAUCCCGUUUGACACAUGUGCUGAAGGAUACACUAGGUGGCAACUCCAGGGUUAUAUUUUUGUGUUCGAUUUCUUCAGAGCACAGAUGCAGAUCUGGAACUUUAAGUACACUAAGAUUUGGUGAGCGAGCAAAGCUAAUGCCAAACAAACCUGUGAUAAAUGAGAUAUCAGAAGAUGAUGUUAAUGGUUUGAGCGAUCAGAUACGUCAGUUAAAGGAUGAACUCAUAAGAACAAAGUCUGGAGACACCACAACUUGCAAGGCUAGGUACUUCAGUGCACAAAGUGCCCGUGAAAGUUUGCAUACUUUGCGAGUGAGCCUCAACCGCUCUCUUAUCUUUCCUCACAUAGAAGUUGAUUCAGAGGAAGAAAUGGAUGUUGAUGAAGAAGAUGUGCAAGAACUGCGUGAUCAAAUUAGCAAGAUUCACUCUUCAUCUGAAGAUACAUUGGAUGACUUUAUGGAUGCAGAAAGUGGAGACGAAAGCACUCCUUGUUCUGUGGGAAGAAGUGAAGAUGAUCAAGUAAUCAUAGAUGAUUUUGAAGGUCCACAACAGGAAGAGCAAAAAGAAGUAUCUAACAAUACAAAUGCUAAUGAAGACCUCGGUUCUGACAGAAAAUCUAAUCUAUCAAUUAUUGCCUCCACACGGUUAUCACCUAUUCAGGAUCCAACAUUGUGCUCUUCUCCAAAGAUCCACAACAAGGCAAGAAUGAGCAUCACUUCACUGGGGCUAUCACCAAGCAAGAUUAGAAUAUCAGACAGCCCAGGUGAUAGAAAUGUUGAAAUGUGUACAAAUAGUGCAUUUCGUUCCUCUCUACAAUCAAGCAAGCUUAGCCCCACUGACUCACUGGCUGCAAGUCUUCAACGUGGCUUGCACAUUAUAGAGUACCAUCAACAGAAUCCAGCCCCAAGAAAAUCAUUUAUUGGUCUUUCAUUUGACCAUUUCGCUCGUCAGUCAGUAGCAAAAAUCAGUUCAGCUGUUCAGGCUCUACCAGAGGACCAAGGAAACAACCUUUGUUCAUUCUGCAAGAAGCCAAUGAACACAAAUGAUAAUCAGACAGAAAACGUAAAUUUAGACAAACAGAUUAAGGAUGGCAACAUAACUAAGGAAAUUGCUUCCAAGAGAGAAACUGAGCUUGAAGCUUUAUGCGAAGAACAAAGAGCAAAGAUCCAGGAGCUGAGCAGUUUGAUUGACCAAUAUAAGAACAGGUCAGAAGAACUAACUAGUGAAGGCAAGGUUUCUGUCUCACUCAGUGUGAAUGAGAGGGAGGUACUUCUUGCUGAAAUCCAGAGUCUGAGGGAGCAACUCAAAAACCAGACUACUGUAUCAACUACUGGUAGCCUUCUUGACCAGUUAAGGAACGGCAGCACAGACCAGGAGUAUGAACUUGACAAAGAAAGGCAGAAAUGGAUGGAGUCUGAGAGCAAGUGGAUUUCACUUACCGAAGAGUUGAGGGUCGAUCUAGAAUCAAACAGGAUGCACGCAGAGAAGACCGAGAUGGAGCUCUGCAACGAGAAGAAGUGCACAGCAGAGCUAGAUGACGCUCUUCAACGAGCGAUGUACGGCCACGCCAGGAUGGUUGAGCAUUAUGUUGAGCUGCAGGAGCUGUAUAAUGAUCUUCUCGAGAAGCACCGCCGAGUGAUGGAGGCGAUCUCUGAGGUGAAGAGGGCGGCUGCCAGAGCAGGCAGGAAGGGCUGUGGGACGGCCUUCGCUGCUGCCCUCGCCGCCGAGCUCUCCACGGUGAGAAUCGACCGAGAAAAGGAGAGGGCUCAGCUGAAAGAACAAAACAGAAGGCUCCGCAUUCAGCUGCGAGACACUGCCGAAGCUGUUCAUGCUGCUGGAGAACUGCUCGUCAGAUUGAGAGAAACCGAGGAAGCAUCUACACUAGAAAAGGAGAGGACUGCCGCGUUGUUGCAAGAGAACGAGAAGCUGAAGAAGCAGCUGGAGAAGCUGAGGAAGAAGCACGAGAUGGAGCUGGAGACGAUGAAGGUGCACCUUGCGGAGAGCCGGCUGCCGGAGUCGGCUUUGGGUGCCUUCUACCACCACGAGAACGAGAGGACGCCGGACGACGAUCUGUCCUGGCGGGCCGCCUUCGCUUCUGCGUACAGUGACUGAAGUUACCUGACUGGGGAUUGCUUGGGAGUUGAGUCUCGUCAACUGAGACAGGUUGACAAUUGGGGCAUGAGCAUUUCUACGACCUUGUUUGAUUUUAAGUACAUGACUCGAUUGGGGCAUGGGGCAAAGUUUUUAUGUAUACUGCUUGUAUGGGAACUGAAUUUGAACGAGUUUUAUGUAGUCUUUCGAGUAUUUUUUUGGUCGAUCCCCCAGUUCCUGUU